CCCGCGAUUAACCAAUGACGUCAUCGUCCUCCGGAACAACCUGCCGGGCUCUGAGUGACGUCAUCCAGCCGACAACAACAAGAGGCGUUAAGUCAGCAGAAAGUCGUGUUGGGAUCGUUUAUUAUGGCGAGCCAUGAGAUGAAAGAAACAGAGAAGGAUACUGGAGAUGGAAAACAUGAUGGCGUCGCAGCAGAACCUGUCUGCACUGAAACCAGGAGCAAUGCAGACGUGGAAGAUGAGAAAGCCGAGGGAGCGAGAGAGUCGGUUUCAGCGUCUUGGCUGCACUGUGACAGCUCUCUGCUGAGCCACAUCCUAGACGCACUGACCUGGCGGAGACCGCUGUACAGCGUAGUGCUUUUCAUCUGCACAAAUGCACUCUUCUGGUUUGUGGCAUUGACCUCCUGGAGGGUAUAUUACCUGAUGGCAUUAGCUUUGCUUGCCCUUCUCACAGUGCAAAUGGUGAAGGAUAUUGCUCUGUCCAGAAAAAGAGGUGCUCAGUUGUGGCGGAGUCUCAGUGAGAGCUGGCAAGUAAUCGAUUCCAGACAGGAGAGCAGGCCUGGAGACGUUCAAGUUGUUUCUGAGUCAUGGAUGAGUUGUAGUUUAUUCUUCCAGGAAAUGUCCUCCUUUAAACAGCAAAACCCUGGCAAAUUUUGCCUUCUCGCCUGUAGUUUGUGCACAUUCUUCGCUGUCCUUGGUCGUUGCAUUCCAGGAGUUCUAAUUUCCUAUUUUGUAUUGCUGUGCGCCUUUGUAUGGCCAUUGUUGUCAUCUCAUGAGUUUGGUCAAAAAUUGUACAGUAGGAUCGAACCAGUUCUGCAGAAGCUGGAUUUUGGCAUUGGAGAUUUUCUCCAGAAGCUAAAAGAAAGACACGAAAAACAAAAUGUCAAAAGUACUGAAGACAACAGUGAAGCUGAAAUAUCUGCCUUUUGUCCUAAGAUGAAUCCCUUGACCAUGUGCAAGGAGCUCUCAGUAUCUGACACAGAGGCAUCUGAGGUGUCUUGGACUGACAAUGGAACAUUCAACCUGUCUGAGGGUCAUACUCCUCAGACAGAAAAUUCAGAUGAUCUUGACCGACCAAGUGACCAUGAAGAAAUCUUCUCCAGUGGGCUCUCCGAGUUCCCAUCUCUGGACAAUGGAGCAGAAACGAAUGGCGACGACGAAGACUUGAGCAUUGGCCUCCCCACUCCCCGCAGCCGAACCAGGAAACCAGGGCAGGAGCAGACAAGCGGCAGUGAGGGGCGAUUGUCAUUUCCUCCGAGUGGCGAUCGGACCCUUGAUCUCGUCAAUGCCAUGGCAGGAGAGGUAAUUGCUGCUGCGGUGUCUGCAGCCAUUAGAGAACAGCUACUUCCCUCCCAUUCUGAGACACCCCCUCAACCCACUGCACCGGCCAUCAGCUCCAGUGAGGAAACGGAUACUGAGGAUGCAGAUGACUUUGAACUGCUGGACCAGUCUGAGCUGGAGCAGAUUGAGAGCGAGCUGGGACUGGCACAAACAGAGGCAGAGACGAAAAAAGCGAAACCCUCAGGCUUUCUUUCCAAUCUGCUCGGAGGCCAUUGAUCAC